AUGAGCAGCCACAACAGCUCGGGGCCCCUCACCCUGGGCCCGCCGGGCCAGCUCCUCCUGCAGCCGCUCUGGGACCAGGUGCGCGCCCGGGCCGCGCUGGCGCAGUCGCCGCCGUUCGCGGUCCUCUUCUCCAUCACCGCCUACCUGGGCUGCUGCCUGCCCUUCGUGCUGCUGGACCUGCUGUGCCCCCGCGUGAGCGCGCUGCGGCGCUACAAGGUGCACCCGGACUGCGGGCCGUCGGCGCGCCAGCUGCUGGGCUGCCUGGGCCGGACCGUGUGCCAGCAUGCCGCCCUGCUGCUGCCCGCCUCGCUGCUGCACUGCGCCCGCGGCCCGGUGCCCUGGCCCCGUGAGGCCCCCGAGCUGCCGCAGCUGGUGCGCCACGUGCUGGGCUGCCUGCUGCUCUUCGACGCCGAGGUCUUCGCCUGGCACGUGCUGCACCACAGGGUGCCCUGGCUGUACCGCACCUUCCACAAGCUGCACCACCAGCACGCGGCCUCUUUUGCGCUGGCCACGCAGUAUAUGGGCGCCUGGGAGCUGCUCUCCCUGGGCUUCUUCCACGUGCUGAACGUGGCGCUGCUGCAGUGCCACCCGCUGAGCGUGCUGGCCUUCCACCUGCUCAACAUCUGGCUGUCGGUGGAGGACCACUCGGGCUACGACUUCCCUUGGUCCACGCACAGGCUGGUGCCCUUCGGCUGGUACGGCGGCGUGGCCCACCACGACCUGCACCACUCGCAGUUUAACUGCAACUUCGCCCCCUACUUCACACACUGGGACAGAAUCCUGGGGACCCUGCGGUCCGCUCCAGCCAAGUGACCCGCGCCCUCCCGGUGCUCGACGGCCGGGGCACUUCACGCUCCAGUGGGGAGAAAUAUGCCCGGGCUGCUCUGUUCUGUGUUGGUUUUUUUGUAAGUAAUUUAUUGCCUGAUGGAGAUUUAUGGGUGAAAUCCGAGGUGUUUUCACCAUCUGGUGAAGUGAUUUAUAUCAUCCUUGUCUAUGACAGUUGUAUUCUUGGACUGAAAUUCUAGCUCGCUUCCAUAGCCUUGAUUCCUGGGUAUGUUAGACACUCAUCACCGGCAUAUUUAAAUCAUCUCACAAAGGACUCGAUUGUAGGACAAGGACUUGGCUGUGCUCGCACGUGCCACAGAAAGAGGUGAAAAUGACAUAUUUUUAUGGAGAAUAGGAUCUCUGACUCUAUUAGCAAUGAAAUAUGUUCCUGCUGGACAGUGAUCGCAAUUGUUGUAACUCUAGUAUUUUUUCAUAUGACUGUAUAUUUAUAUUGAAAGAAUUAUUAUUUGUACUUUAAAAAAGAAAAGAAAAACCAGAUCAUA